AUGUCUCCGAAUCGCUCAAGAAAGCCGACAGAAGUUAAGGAGGUGAAAGACAACGGGGCCUUCUUCACAGCCCGGACAACACAAAGUAAGCUUACUGAUACAGGAGUUCAACAUGGAGCAGACGCUGAGACAGAAGGUGAUACAAUCUCAGAUACAGAUAUAGAUCCUAAGCUGCUCCUGCCCCUGCUCUUGCUCCUGCUAAAAAAGUAG